AUGGUGUUUGUAAACACAUCCGACUAUCUUCCUACGACAGAAGCUACAGGAGUCCGAAUUGCAAUUCAUGGACAGAGAGAGUGCCCUUUUCCGGAUACAUUUGGCUAUUCUGCACCAACUGGAGCUGUUUCUUCUUUUGGAAUGUCACUAAGAAAGGUGAAUCGGCUGGAGAAUGGGGACUGCUUCAAUCCAGACACACCUCUCCCAACUGGGUACAUCUAUCGCGAGUAUCAAUACGAACCUGAGGUAAAUGAUACAGAUUUUUAGAU